GGAGCUGAAGCAGUGCUACCCGGACCACCCAGCAGCUGCCUGGACCGAAACCCGCUCAGAGCCCCUGGUGGACACCCUGUGGUCCGACCUGCUGUCCCAGCAGCUGUUCGACUGCGUGAACUACACGCUGUACGAUCGGCUCCGGCUCCUGAAGCAGGACGGACCGGAGGACCAGGACAGGCCGGAAGAUCGGGAGCUGCACGCGACCCUGCGCGUGGCGCACCGUGACAUCGUCACGUGGGGCAGCGGCCUGCAAGGCGUCAUGACGGCGCUGUAUGCCGCCGUCGCCGGCCGUCUCGGGGUGCUGAUCCAGCACCUCAGGAUGAUGGACCCGUGGCUGGUCCGCUGGCAGCCAGUCGAGGAAGACGUCAUCUUCAUCGACGUGGCCCGCGGCGGCGUCCAACUGGACCUGGAGACCGCCGUGGAGGAGGUCCAGGAGGUCUGCGGGGAGGCCUUCCACAGGAUCCUCCUCGAGCCCAUGACGCCCGGCAUGCUUCUGCACUACCUCUCUGCCGGCGGCUACCAAUGGAAGCGGAGCGUCCGCGCAGAAACUGAGGCCGACCACCAGGCCAACCAGCUGCUGCUCUACCGGACCAUGGACGGCUGCCAUCCGGGACGGCUGCAGCUGCGCAGCGUCUGCGGCCAGCUGCAGGCCGCGAGACCGGCCUACACCCGCCGCCUCUGUCAGGAGUACCUGGACGCCGCUGAUGUGUCGGAGGACGAGGCGGCGGGUAUCCGGCAGUUUAUGGCGUCCCUGGUGAGCCGCAGUACCGAGGUUCACCGGUGGCUCAACACCAACGAGGCCUACCUGAGACGUACGGCAGCUCUCGUGGGCAUCGAAUCCUACGGCUACCACGAGCCAUUGCUGGAAAUCGGCGACGUCGUCAACUUCGUGGCCGACAGCGGGGUGAUGGGCGUCAUCUACGCCGUGCUCUCUUCCAAGGUGACGGACAACGAGCCCACCGCGUGGUAUGACCUACUCCUGGACGGCGAACACUGCGCUCUCCGCGUCAGGGAGGAGGACCUAGUGCUGGCGGAGCGUCCCCGUCCCGUCCGCCACCUGGAGCUGGGACGCUACUUCUCCCACUUCCACCACGGACGCUACCAGCCCCUGCCGCACCUGCGCCUGACCAGCAAGCCCCCCUCGGCCGUCGGCCGGGAGCCUCGUCUGGUGGACGGCUCGGUCCCUCAGGAGCCCCACACCGGUCGGGAGGCUGGGGAGGACAGGCCGCCCACCGCCUGGCUCGGAGACUGGCCCUUCCUCGGGAGAGGGGAUGUGCCGGAGGGGGCGGGGGAAGAGGGCGCCGGCUCCGUCUGAGGUCGCCCGGCCCUGACGAAGGUGCUCUCGUUGGCAGGGUCAUGGUCUCUGUCUCUGACCCUGACGUUCUGUUGUAAAUAAUCUGUACAUAUUUUGAGUGUAGUAGCGUUAUAUUGUGUCGAACUGUUUGUGAAGCAAGUGUGAUAUGCUGUGUUGCUGUUUUAAUACUAAUGCAAAUUUUUAUUCUCGUUGCCAUUCAUUGUGCUCAUCAGGUAAUAUGGCGAAAUUUUGCAUCUUUCGGUUUUGACACUGUUGCUGUCAUUAUUUGCCAUGUUUGGGAUGCUAGUAAUCUGUCAUUGUGUUUGCAGACGUGUGCAAUUUUGUAUUGCUUUCGUGAUGAGAUGUGGUACGUAUAAUAUAGGUACGUGCAAUGGGCAUGCACUGUGCAAUAUACCUACCCGUAGUCCCUUGAA